AUGGAAGUGGGGUGGUCUGCAAGGCAGGGAGUCCUCCUCUGUCUCACUGUCAGCCUUCUGCUUCAAGGAAGGGCAAACACCACUUUCACCAUCAAUUGCUCAGGCUUCCACCAGGAUGGGGUAGACCCCGCUGCCUUCCAGGCCAUAUUUAACCAGAAGGCCUUCCGUCCGGUCACCAACUAUAGCAUCCCCACUCACGUCAACAUCUCCUUCACCCUGUCUGCCAUCCUGGAAGUAGAUGCACAACUUCAGCUGCUGACAUCGUUUCUAUGGUUCAAUAUGAUCUGGGCUAACCCUUUCAUCAGCUGGGACCCGGAAGAAUGUGAUAAUGUCAAUAAACUCACUGUGACAACGGAGAACCUGUGGCUGCCAGACAUCUUCAUCGUGGAAUCCAUGAAUGUGGAUCAGACCCCAGAAGGCCUCUCUGCAUAUGUGACUAGUGACGGUCGCAUUGCAUAUAGCAAGCCAAUGCGGGUGACCAGCAUCUGUAAUCUGGACAUCUUCUACUUCCCCUUUGACCAGCAGAACUGCACACUCACCUUUAGCUCUUUCCUCUACACAGUGGACAGCAUGUUGCUGGGCAUGGAAAAGGAAGUGUGGGAGAUAAAAGAUACUUCACAGGACGUCGUCCGCACACAAGGGGAGUGGGAGUUCCUGGGCAUCAGCAAGGCCACUCCAAGGAUGGUCGUGGGCUCCAGUCUUUUUGACCAGAUCAUGUUCUAUGUGGCCAUCAGGCGCAAGCCCAACCUCUAUGUGAUAAACCUCCUGGUGCCCAGUGGCUUUCUCAUGGCCAUCGACGCCCUCAGCUUCUACCUGCCUGCAGAGAGUGGGAAUCGCGCCCCAUUCAAGAUAACCCUGCUGCUGGGCUACAACGUCUUCCUGCUCAUGAUGAAUAAACUACUCCCUUCUAGUGGCACCCCACUCAUCAGUGUCUACUUUGCCCUGUGCCUGUCACUGAUGGUGCUCAGCCUGCUGGAGACCGUCUUCAUCACCUACCUGCUGCACCUGGCCACCACCCAGCCCCCACCCAUGCCGGGGUGGCUCCACUCCCUGCUGCUGCACUGCACCUGCCCAAGGAAAUGCUGCCCCACUGCGUCCCACAAGGGGAACAAGGGCCUGGGUCUGCCCCCCGCCCAGCUGCCUGGCCUGAAGGAGCCAGUAGAGUUGGUGGAGAAGUCGCCAGGCCCCGGAGAGGCAGAGGUGGCUGGGGGCUUAGGAUGGACAAGGGCCCAGCGGGAGCAGGAGGCCCAGAAGCAGCACAGGGUGGAGCUGUGGGUGCAGUUCAGCCACAUGAUGGACACCCUGCUCUUCCGCCUCUACCUGCUCUUCUUGGCCUCCUCUAUCCUCACCGUCAUCGGCCUCUGGAGCACCUAG